CGACCGUUUGGCUGGUGCUUCAGUCUAUUAUCGGCUCAAUAGCAAGUUAUACUAUUUUUUUCCGUUCUUGCAAAAGGAUUGACCUAAAAAUGCAAAAGUAGUUUAGUAGUGAGCUGUGUGGGUGGAGAGGGACGAACUCAUGCAAAUUGUUGUAAAUAAUAAUUAAUUUAUGGCCGAGGAAGUAACACACUGACGGCGAUAACACAUUUGCAUUUCAAAAGAACUUCCGCCGAUCGCUUGAUACAAAAUGUUGUAUAAAAGUGUUUCGGAGGUUGAGUAGUUACGAGUGUUUAACUGAAUAUGAAAUUUCUAGGGGCAUUUCUCGUUGCUCUGGCUUUAGUUUUUAUUGAAAGCAGCCGAGUGGUAGAAGGUGAAGAUGUUGCUGACAUUACUAUGGGGUCGAGCAUGGAAUAUCCCGAAGGAAUUGCACAUUUUCCAGAACUGGGAGAAAUAAUUGAGAAUAUGCAUAACAGUAAUGAGAGCGCAAUGGAAAAUCCCGAGGAAACAGGACCAUAUAUAGAAGGAGAUAUUAAGGACGAUGGCGAAUUCUACAGAAAAAUGCUACGUAAUGGCAUUAUGAACCAUUCACUGAGAUGGCCCAAGGGCAGAGUUCCCUAUGUGAUUAAAGGUUCUUUUACACCACAGCAACUGGCCAUAAUUGGCCAUGCCUUCAAUGAAUAUCAUAGGAACACAUGCAUACGUUUUCGCCAACGUACUACCGAGCCAGAUUAUGUGUCAAUAACAAAUUCAGGUGAUGGCUGCUGGUCCAGUGUGGGACGCAUGGGUGGUGAACAAGUACUAAAUCUGCAAAGUCCGAAAUGCUUCUCCAACUAUGGCACUACAAUACAUGAACUUAUGCAUGUCCUGGGCUUUUACCACGAACAAAAUCGCCAUGAACGUGACAAUUAUGUGCGAGUAAUGGGCGAUAAUGUCAAACCAGGAAUGAUGAUAAACUUCCAAAAGCUUCCUUCUACGUCAGCAACGGCCUUUGGUGUGGCCUACGACUAUGGCAGCCUGAUGCAUUACAAGUCCACAAGUUUCUCCAAGAAUGGCAAGCCAACACUUGUUGCUGUCAAAACUUCGCCUGAGGUGUCCAAAAUGGGGCAGCGUAUCGGCUUCUCACCGGGCGACAUCAAAAAGAUCAAUUCGAUGUAUAAGUGUUCUUGACAAAAUAUUUAUUAAAAGAAAAUAUUUUUAUAUAGUUAACAGCAAA